AGAAAGAAGCUCAUCGGGAUCACGCUCCUCCGGUACAAACCACCCGUGGUGCGCGCAGGACAGAGUAAUACAGAGCACCGGAGAAUGAUGAUGGACUCUCGGUGGGGCUUCCAAACCGGUGGAUGGAUGGAAAGAUCACCCACCCGGUCCCUAUCGCGGGUCAACUAUUAUGCGGAUUAUGGACGCGAUUGGGAAUGUAGAGCGAAACCAGGUGUUCCGGGAUACGGUUGCCAUGUCCCGAAGAAGAGCUGGAAUGAGAAGCACAUGUGGAACAUAGCUGGUGAUAGCAUUAUUCAGCUUCUGAUAGAGCAAAUUGAAGGAUACAAGAUGCCAACGCAAGGGCUAAAAAUACACUGUGAAACACACGCACGGCAUAUUCCGCCCUGACUAAAAGAGAAUAAUUGUCAUAAAUGUCGCCUGAAAGAAAAACAAACAGUAUGCAGAACCUAGAGGAUAGAGCAGCGAG